UCCAGAGAGAAUUGCUCGUCUUUACAGUGUGUCCACACUGUUUAUCACGAACAGCAAGAAGCUGAACCUGAAACAAAAGGAUGUUGACCUGUUUGCCAUCUCUCUUAUCUUUCUUUCUGUGGCCAGUGGUACUUUGAAAAGGAGCUGCGACAACUGUGGUGGAUGGGCAUAGUAGAGAUGGAAGACAGAAGGAGGAUGAGCUACCGGCACGUUCAUGACCAAGCAGAAGAGGAGCUCCAGAACUUAGAAUGGUAUCAUGACAAUCUCACACGUCAUGCAGCAGAGGCUCUUCUUCUUUCCAAUGGCAGUGAUGGAAGCUAUCUCCUAAGAAAAAGCAACGGCAAGACUACUCUUUUUUCACUUUCUGUAAGAGCAAAAGAUUCUGUAAAGCAUUUUCAUGUGGAAUACACAGGGAAUUCAUACAAGUUUGGCUUCAAUGAAUUUUCAGACUUGAAAGACCUGAUUAUGCAUUUUGCAAAUCAGCCUUUAAUAGGUAGUGAGACAGGGACUUUGAUUGUAUUGAAACAUCCAUAUCCCAAGAAAGUAGAAGAGCCUUCCAUUUAUGAAUCUGUGCGAGUCCACACGGCUAUGCAGUCAGGAAGAACAGAACUUGACCUCAUUCCCAAUGCUCCAUCGUUAGGGACUAAAGAAGGUUAUCUAACAAAGCAAGGCAAAAUAGUUAAGAACUGGAAAACUAGGUGGUUUACACUGCAUAGGAAUGAGCUGAAAUACUACAAAGAUCAGACGUCCACAGAGCCAAUCAGAGCACUUGAUUUAACUGAAUGCUCAGCAGUGCAGUUUGACUAUUCCCAAGAAAAAGUGAAUUGCUUUUGUUUAGUAUUUCCAAUGCGAACGUAUUACAUGUUUGCAAAGACUGGAGUAGAAGCCGAUGAGUGGAUUAAAAUAUUGCAGUGGAAAUUGUCCCAGAUAAGGAAAAAACGCCAGAAUGAUGCCACACUCAGGCCAUAGUAGUUUUGGCUACAAAUACUAACUGUGCAGAAACCAACCUUGUUUCAUAUUCAUACGCCUUCAGAUUCGUUAAUCAGCAUUAAGAAGGGCUGCACCUGAUCAGAUCAGAGGUUUUUAAGCUCUGCAGCUGCCGACUUGCUGACAACUGAUUUCUAGGAGAUUCCUGAACACUCUGUUAAAGCAGAAGACCUUGGAAGAUGGAUAUUCACCUAUUCAACACUUCAUUAUUCUGGAUAUGCUCAGUGGUUACUGGCAUUCUGUAUUUGCCUUUGCUGCCAGGUUUUGACCAGUUCUUUCUUAUGUAAGCAGUUUCAGUCAAAGUUUCAUAGCAUGAACCUGAACUCACUCAAACCCACUCACCUCUGGCUGCCAUUCCGUAUGCUUCAAACCAUUUACCCACUGGUCUAUUAAGACACACUUGCACAGAGUUUUUU